CCGGAAGUAGGGGGGCACAGGGUCGCGAACAGCCAAUGGGCGGCCGGGUGGCGGGGCCCCGUGGGAGUGGCCGCGCGAACGGUCCAGAGUUGCGGGCUGGGCUCUGUAUCCAUGGAUCGAGCCGAGGGCCCGAGUUCCGAAUGUGCUAAGGCCAUCAAACCUAUCGAUCGGAAGUCAGUCCAUCAGAUUUGUUCUGGGCAAGUGGUACUUAGCCUAAGCACUGCUGUGAAGGAGUUGGUAGAAAAUAGUGUGGAUGCUGGUGCCACUAAUAUUGAUCUCCGGCUUAAAGAUUAUGGGGUGGAUCUCAUUGAAGUUUCAGACAAUGGAUGUGGGGUAGAAGAAGAAAACUUCAAAGGCUUAACUCUGAAGCAUCACACUUCUAAGAUUCAGAAGUUUGCUGACCUAACUCAGGUUGAAACUUUUGGCUUUCGGGGGGAAGCUCUGAGCUCACUCUGUGCACUGAGUGACUUAGCGAUUUCUACCUGCCACACAUCUGCGAACGUCGGAACUCGACUGGUGUUUGAUCACAAUGGAAAAAUCCUCCAGAAAACCCCCUACCCACGACCCAGGGGGACGACGGUCAGCGUGCAGCAGUUAUUCUAUACGCUCCCUGUGCGCCAUAAGGAGUUUCAAAGGAAUAUUAAGAAGGAGUUUGCCAAAAUGGUCCAGGUCUUGCACGCGUACUGUAUCAUUUCAGCUGGUGUCCGUGUAAGUUGUACCAAUCAGGUCGGGCAAGGCAAGCGGCAGUUGGUGGUGAGCACCAGCGGAAGCUCCAGCAUCAAGGAAAACAUCGGAUCUGUGUUUGGGCAGAAACAGGGGAUGACGGUGACCCUUGAUUUCUUUCAGUUGCAAAGCCUCAUGCCUUUUGUCCAGCUGCCCCCUAGUGACUCGGUCUGUGAGGAAUACGGGCUGAGCUGCUCCGAUGCUCUGCACAAUCUGUUUCAGCUCUCAGGUUUUAUUUCUCAUGGUACUCACGGCGUGGGAAGGAGUUCAACGGACAGACAGUUUUUCUUCAUCAAUCGGCGGCCUUGUGACCCAGCAAAGGUUUCCAGACUUGUGAAUGAGGUCUAUCACAUGUAUAAUCGACAUCAGUAUCCAUUUGUUGUGCUUAACAUUUCUGUUGAUUCCGAAUGUGUUGAUGUCAAUGUUACUCCGGAUAAAAGGCAGAUUUUACUGCAAGAGGAGAAGCUUCUGUUGGCAGUUUUAAAAACGUCUUUGAUAGGAAUGUUUGAUAGUGAUGUCAACAAACUCAGCAUCAGUCAGCAGCCGCUGCUGGUCGCGGAAGGUAACUUAAUAAAAAUGCAUUCGGCAGAAACGGAGAAGCCCAGGCUGGAAAAGCCAGCGCAUCCCACACUGUUAGGGACGCCUGGAGAAGAGAAAAAGGCAGUGACCAUUUCCAGACUCAGAGAGGCCUUUUCCCUUCGUCACCCGGCAGGGCCCAAGUCUGGGGGCCCGAUGACUGCUGACCCGAGAUGCAUUUCUCCACGACAGAAAAGAAGCACGCUGUUCUCCAGUGCUCCAGGGUCCCUGUGCUCCGGAAAGGCCAUCUCUGGCCCCCGGGAGGAGGGGAUGGGUUCAGCUCGGGGGCCCUGUGACCCGAUGGACACGGUAAAGAUGGAGGAGGACUCGGGGCACAGCAGUGCGUCAGCUGGCUCCGAGGAGGGGUUCAGCACCCCGGAAACGGUUGGUCACCCCAGCAGUGACCCCAUGACAAGCUCCCCCGAAGAUGGGCUUUCCCAGGAAAACGUGGAGUCUGGUGGGAACUUACCUGAAACUGACCAGCCUUGUCCAGGCCCGGAAUCCCCAUCAGUCCAAGAAGAACGUGGAUAUAGAGUUUUGCCUCAGCGCACAAAUCUCGCAGCCCCAAACAUAAAGCGCUUUAAAAAAGAAGGGAUUCCUUUAAAUCCUGACGUCCCUCCAGAGUCGCUGAGAACUCCGGACACGUCAGGAUCUGAGGUCGACUCUGAGGUCGACGUGGCUGUGAAAAUUCAGAAGAAGAUCGUGCCCCUUGACUUUUCUAUGCAUUCUCUAGUCAAACGGAUGAAGCAGUUAUGGCAGCAGGACUGGCAGCAGGAAGGCGGGCAGAGUUACAGGAAGUUUCGUGCUAAGAUCUGUCCCGGAGAAAAUCAAGCUGCCGAAGAUGAACUAAGGAAAGAGAUAAGUAAAACGAUGUUUGCAGAAAUGGAAAUCAUCGGUCAGUUUAACUUGGGAUUUAUAAUCACCAAACUGAAUGCGGACAUUUUCAUCGUGGACCAGCACGCCACGGACGAGAAAUACAACUUUGAGAUGCUUCAACAGCACACUGUCCUCCAGGGCCAGAGGCUUAUAGCACCUCAGUCUCUCAACUUAACUGCUGUCAAUGAAUCAGUUCUAUUAGAAAAUCUGGAAAUAUUCAGAAAGAAUGGCUUUGACUUUGUCAUCGAUGAAGACGCUCCAGUCACUGAAAGGGCUAAAUUGAUUUCCUUACCAACCAGUAAAAACUGGACCUUUGGACCCCAGGACAUAGAUGAGCUGAUCUUCAUGCUGAGUGACAGCCCCGGCAUCAUGUGCCGGCCUUCCCGAGUCAGACAGAUGUUUGCCUCCAGAGCCUGUCGGAAGUCUGUGAUGAUUGGAACUGCUCUUAACACAAGUGAGAUGAAGAAACUCAUCACCCACAUGGGUGAGAUGGACCAUCCCUGGAACUGUCCACAUGGAAGGCCAACCAUGAGACACAUUGCCAACCUGGAUGUCAUUUCUCAAAACUGACGUUUCUUGUUUUAUACAGCUAUUAAUCUUACUGCGGACUUUUCUGUUUUAAAAGGCAGGGUCUUAACCUUUUCCUGUUUGUUUGUUUCCAAAUGAGCCUGCUGCUUAAAAAAAAAAGGAAAGUAGAUCCAUUUAGAAAGGACCUUGAGAACUUUUCAAACCAUGUGGAGCAUUGCUUAUAACAUUUUACAAAAUAGAGCACUUUGGAAGUCAGCAGGACCUCUACUCUGGCCAGACGUAUUUUAGUCUGCAACUUUCAGCCCUUAGUGAUGUUUAAAUUCGUAAUGGUUUAACUUCAUAAAUUAAAAAUUAUGGUCCUUUUGAGUUGGUGCUUCUCAACCCUGAUGCAUACUAAAUUUAAAAAGAAAUUCCCCCAAACCCAAGGGGAUUCUCUGUUCAUCUGGAAGAAAUUGACCAGGUCGGGUGGGGUUCCUAUUUUUAAAUGCUCUCCACUGCAGCCAGAGGGGCAAAGACUGUUAUACCAGGGGAAAUAAAAGAUUGUGGUUUUUUCUGUAA